ACUUUUCGACAGCGUUUCAUGUCUGUAGCAUCGCUUUUUGGCUUCUCGGCACCAGCGGAUAUAAAAAUCCACCUGACGGAUACAGAACAACGCAAAGGCUUUGACAUGGCCGUCAACAGGUCGCAGCCACGCGAAAGGCUCCAACUCUACUUUGAUCGUGAGCCCGUAAAAGGCGAGGUCAAGAUCAAGGUCGGUCAUGGUAAACGAUUGGAACAUAGCGGCAUUCGAGUUGAAUGUGUUGGCAGCAUUGUCGUCUUCAACGAUUCGUCGCAAAGUAAAGAAUUUCUCUGCUUGUCGCAGGAACUGGCGGCACCAGGUGAAGCGUUAAAGCCGACCAUGGAGUUUAAAUUUAGUAACGUCGAGAAGCAAUAUGAGUGUUACUAUGGGAUCAACGUACAGUUACGAUAUUUUGUUCGAGUGAUUGUUGCAAGACGCAUGGGAAACUUGGUCCAGGAAGCGGACAUUUUGGUGCGAUCUUAUCAUCAACCCAAGGAAGUAAUAGCGCACUCGAUCAAGAUGGAAGUCGGUAUUGAGGAUUGUCUGCAUAUUGAGUUUGAGUACAACAAGUCAACGUAUCAUCUUAAAGAUGUCAUUGUCGGCAAAAUAUUCUUCUUACUCGUGCGUAUCAAGAUCAAACAUAUGGAGCUAUGUAUUGUUCGAAGGGAGACAACUGGAUUUGCACCCAAUACUUACAACGAGAGCGAAACUGUCAGCAAAUUUGAAAUAAUGGACGGAGCCCCUGUUCGCGGUGAAGUGAUUCCCAUUCGAUUGUUUCUUGGCGGAUACAAUCUUACGCCAACGUUCCGCGAUAUCAAUAAACGAUUCUCUGUACGUUACUAUCUCAAUCUUGUGCUCUAUGACGAAGAGAAUCGAAGGUAUUACAAGCAACAAGAGAUCACGCUAUACAGAAGACCAGAGGAUGAUGGUUUGCCGCAGGAAGUAGCAGAAAGGGAUGGUGAUGCUGACUGAUCAUGAUAUCUUGGUAUCAAUAUGCACAGAAAGUGAUAUAACAGAGAGAAGAAUACCGGAAAAUUUCGAAAUAACUAGCCUUUCACAAGCAAGUGUAAAAAUAAAUAAAUAAAUGAAAAGGG